GGUGGUGCACAAGUGGAAAAAAAAGUUAAUCUCAGACAAAUGGAUCAUUUGCAUCCUUUCAUAAGACAAUCCUUAGAUACAGUGAACCAAUAUUUUGAUGAUUUAAUAUUGAAGGAUCAAGAUGUUUUGAAAGAUGAAAGUUGUUGGAACAAAGUUUUAGGGUGUAUUCCUAAUGAGGAAACAAGGAACACUUUAAAGAAUCGUUGGUCUGAGAACCCUUCACAAACAUCUUCGGAUAGAUGGAAAGAUCUGGUGAAUGAGUUGAAUUCUGCCACAGGCAAAAAGGGAAAGGGAAAG